UCAAUGAAGGCGUUUCUAAGGAGUUCUGAGGGCAUCCUGGCACUGAGGCCAAAGAGAACCACCAUAGGGAGGCACGAGGAUUCAGACAUUAUUCUUAAGUCUUCAGGGGUCGAAGGCCACCAUGCCGCCAUUGAGCUGAGUGAUUCAGAGAACAACUUCAUUCUUCGGGAUUUCAACUCAACCCAUGGAACGUUCGUGAAUGAUUGCCAUAUCCAAAACGCAGCAGUGAAAGUGAGCCCCGGGGACAUUUUGCGCUUUGGUGCCAGCGGGCCCUCCUUUGAGCUUCUGCUCGAAAAUGCGCCUCAGGUGUCCUGUCCUCCAGUGGGUCGCCACCCGGCUUGGUCUGGGCCGCUGCAGAUAGUGACCGAAGCGAAACCCCCUCCAGCCCCGGCUGCCGCCCAGUUUCCUUCCCUGCAGUCUCGGCGGUCGCCUCCCAUUAAUCGCAGCUGGUCCUUUGCGGCAAGCGGGACUUCGCCACAUCCACCACUCGGAAGGAGGCCCGUCAAUGCCUGGGGUCGGGCUGUCCCUUCACCGUCUUUCUCUCCCGAUGCUUUCAGCAGGCCUCCUGCAAUUGUAUCAGGUAAUGGAGUUACUGCAAACGCUCAUCAAGGAGAUGCGCUUCUCAAGGAGAGGGAUGAGUUGAUUUUGAGAAAGGGAAAUGAAAUCAGUCGUCUCUCCAGCUUUGAAAAUGAGUGCAGUCACAAAGACACAGUGAUAGCUAAUCUGCAGAGCGAGAUUGCAGCAAUGACAGAGAAAAUAAAUGUAGUUCUUGCCAAGAAAGAUGCCGAGUUUUGCACGAAGCUGGCAGGCCUUGAGCAAGAAGUUGGUGCAAAAACAGAAGAGAUUAAAGCCUUGCGAGAGCAGAUCAACCAUUUGCAGCAAAACACCAGUGAAGUUUUGUACCAUUCGCUUUCUGAACGAGACCUGCAAAUUGCGAACUGGAAGCAAGAGAAUGAGAAGCUGAAGAAGAGCUAUUCUCUCACAGCAGGGCUGGUGACCAGUUUGCAAAAAGACAUUACAUCCAAGGACCAGAAAAUACAGCAGUUGAAAAUGGAUGCUGAGAAAUUCAGGCGAGAGAGCAGGGAAAAGGACACCCAGCUCGCCCAUGUGUCAGCCCAGUGCUCUAGAAUUAAGGCGGAAACAAAGCACGACCUCAGAGAGAGAGAAGUAAAUGCGUAUCAGAAUCAUAUCGGUGAGCUGGAGCUACGGGUGAAGCGGUCUGAAGAAGAAAUAAGGAAGUACCGAGCCGAGCAGGAAGCCUUGAGCAGCAGGCUUGCGGACAAAACAAAGGCUGAAGGGGACCUGAAGAAGGAGUACGAGAAGAGAUCCCAGCAGUUACAGGAAAUGGGGCGCAGAGAACGUCUCAUGAAGUCGGACAUGGAGCUUGCGGCAGCUCAGGCGCAGCGCUUUCGGAACAAAGUGGUCGAAAGUCUCUCUCCUCAGCUUUUGGAGCAGUCCGCCACAGAUCAACAGAUCGUUGACAAGAUAAAACAAAUUCAGGCCUCCAACAAGGAAUAUAUUCAGAGGGAGACAUUGCUGAGAGAGGAAAUACGUGCCAAGGAUUCUGAAAUGGAGGAUGUAUCUGGAAGUAUCGAAUUAUUGAAGAAAUCACUGGAUGGAUUUCAGGAUUUCCUGAAGACUUCCUACUGCAGCAGCAGCUUGAGAGAAGAGAUGUGUCAUCUUCAAGCCCUCUGCCUAAGCCCACCUGCCUCGGGGGUUCAGGCUUCGGUGUGUGAAGUCCUCUGCAGUUUGUUGCGCUGGGUGGACGCGGUGGAGCGGCUCCUCCAAGACGUGGGGAUUGAUGCAUCCGACUCGGAAAAAGGAAUGACCUGCUACAUGCAAAGACUGCUGGACCAACACUGCGACACUGUGGGCAAGCUUCAGACGCUGCAGAGCGAACUAAGGAUUACCACGGAGUCUCAGCAUUCGCUCCUGCAGGAGAAGUUGCAAGACUUGCGAUUAACACUCGAGAAGGAAUUUCAGGACAGAGAGAGAGAACUUACGGAGGGUGAGAAGGAGCACAGAAAGAUUCUGGAGGAAAUGGCUGCCCUGCAGGAAGCAAAACUAAAAGAAGCCAUCGCUGAAGAAAAGAAGAAGGUUCAAGACUUGGAAACUCAAAUAGGGCAACUGGCUGAGGUGAUUGAACAGAAAACAAAAUCAGAAGAAGUGUUAAACAUGAAGCUAAGGGAGACCCUGGAGAGCCUGGAACUGGCUAAGAAGAGAAAGGCUGUGACAGAUGAGAAGCUGGCUUUCUGGGAGCAACGCCUGAAGAGCGUCGAGAGCGGGAGUGAGAUACUGAGGCAGAAACAUCAAGAGGAGAUAUCGGAGUAUAAGGAACAGGUGAGGCAGCACUCAAAGACUAUCGUGGAGUUGGAAAGCAAAUUCUUGGAAGCUGCCCAGCGCAUGGAGAAGGUGAAGGAGGAAAAUGCAACACUUCAGAAGCAAGUAGAAGAAAUGCGGAAGGAGCCUUCCUCGCCAUUGCCUUCCUCUCCACAAGAAGCCCCUCGUGAGGACAGGCCCCAUGUAUUGCUGAAGGAAGAAUUAGCAGCUGCCAAGCAUGAAAUCUUGUCCAACCAGACCAUCAUUUCAGAAUUAAAGAAAGAACUUUCAGAGGCCAGAGCACGCAUGUCCGAUGUGAUCGGAGAACUGAACGACAAGCAGAAGAUGGAGCUGGAGCAGAAGCGGAGUCUUGUCCACAGCCAGGCACAUGAGCUCAACCACCUGCGGGAGAAGCUUUUUGAGAUGUCCAAGCUCGUGGAUCAGGAGGAGGCAGACCUCAAAGCCGCAGGCGAAGAGUUGCGGCGCAGCAGCAAAAAGCUGAAAGAGCUGAGGAUGGAGUUGAAAGAAAAGGCAGAGGAGGCCGUGAAGGAGAUGCAGCACAGGAGUGUACAGACGAGUGUCUCCCUGCCGGAGGAGGACGACCCCGGAUUCAGGAAGGUAUCCACUUUAGAUCUGGCUGAUCUGGGAGCGAGAUGUAAAGGGUGCAGACACGAGGAGACCAUCCAGCGCCAGAAGGAUGCCCUGGCUGAGUUGCGGCAAAGAGUCAAAAUGCUGGAAAAGACGCGCCCCUUGGACUUCGAGGAGAGGAGCGCAGUGCCCCGCAUAGUCCUGAGAAAGGGCCCCGCGGAGAAGAGAGAGCAAAAAACGGAGAAAGAGCAGGUGGCGGCCCUGAUGGUAGCCAUGGAUGCUAGCAAGCUUCAAAGCGAUGUCCCCAGCAUCGAUCCCAACGUGGUUAUCGAACGGACCGCGAGGCUGGAAAUGGGCGACGCUUUGGACCUCAGCGAGAGCACGUACUUCAACUUGAUUCAGGAUCUUGCCAACCUGAUGAAUGUGAAGGAGCUGGGGGGUAUGCAGACUGUCAAGCACCUUCCCCAGGAUGAAAGGGAAAAGGUCAAGAUGCUGAGGCAGAAGGAUCUCGAACUGCUCUUUGACAAGAUCACCAAGCUUAAGAGUCGCCUCGACAGGAAAGAGUCGCUGCUGAAAGAAUACGAGAGAGACAUUGGGCAGUUCAGGGCCAACAAACAGACGCUGCAAGCCUGCCAGCAAGAGAUGGCCAAAUUAUCGGACAAGAUCUACCGAGAGGCAGAAGAGAAGGCUUUCCUGAAAGAAGCUCUGGAGCGGACUAAGUUGCAGCUGACCCAGGAAAAGAGGCUGAACCGAGCUUUUAAACAGCAAAAGAAUCAUUUAGAGGAGAAGAGGAGCGAGAUCUCGUCCUGCCAUCCCUGUACCCUGAAAUUCAAGGACAAAAAGGCAGCAACUCUGAAGAAACCGCUUUCCCAGACUCAGACAACCGUUGAGAGGCCAGGAGAAGCCUGCAAGAAGCAGGCACCCUGCAACACCUCUGCCUGGUCCAUCCCCAUGAGAAGCACCACGGUAGCUCAUAAAACGGGCUAUCUUUUAUAAAUAGGUAUAUGUUUAUUUGUACAGAAGAUGGUUUUACCCGGCAUACUAUAUCUGGAUCAUUUGAAAUGUAUAAGAAACAGCACACAAUCAUGUAUAAAUCUAAAAGCAUUCCUAGCA